AUGGACGGCCAGAAGAAGCCCACCCGACAGUUUGGAGUCACCAGCGCCAUAUCAGAGGCCGCGCCGACUGAACACGAUAUCCGGCUAAACGACAAACUCAUCGAGACGCUGAAGACUGAGAAUGUCUUCGAGACUCCCGAGGGCAACCGCAGGAGGGAGGAGGUCAUCGAUCACAUUCAGAAGGUCGUCGAAGAGUUUGUCCGUCGCGUCGGCAAACAGAAGGGUGUGCAGCAGCCUGUCCUCGAUGCCGCCGGCGGCAAGAUCUUCACCUUCGGUAGUUACGCUCUCGGCGUCCACGGUCCCACGUCGGAUAUCGAUACACUCGUUGUCGCGCCCAAGUUCGUGACCAUCGACGAAUUCUUCAAAAACUUCCCUCCGACCUUCAGAGAGAUGUCCAAGGCCGAAGACAUCACCGAAUUCGUGCCCGUCGAAGAUGCCUUUGUCCCCAUUAUCAAGAUGGAAUAUCGCGGUGUGAGCAUAGACCUGCUAUUCGCGUCCUUGCCGAAGAGAUCGUCGAUACCAAGAACGAUGGAGACGAUCGAGAAGAAGGAUUUGGAAGGUCUCGGCGAGUCGGCAACACGGAGUGUGAACGGCACACGAGUCACCAACGAACUCUUGGAUGCGGUGCCGCAAAAGGUCAGUUUUCGACACGCGCUGAGGGCCAUCAAACUUUGGUCAAACCGCCGCGGCAUCUACGGUGCAGUCUUCGGAUACCCUGGCGGAGUUGCGUGGGCUAUCAUGGUUGCGCGCAUCUGCCAGCUGUAUCCCAUGGCCAACGGCGCUACUAUCGUUUCCAAGUUCUUCAGCUUGAUGUACAAAUGGACCUGGCCGCGACCUGUUAUGCUAAAGCACAUCGAAGAGGGCGACUUGGGUCUCCGGGUGUGGAAUCCCCAGGUCUACGGCGGCGAUCGCGCCCACCUCAUGCCCAUCAUCACACCCGCCUUUCCUUCCAUGUGCGCUACACAUACGGUGAUGCCAUCGACGCUGCGAAUCAUGAAGGAGGAGUUCGGGCGAGCGGACAAGAUCCUACAGCAUAUCUUCUCGGGCGCCAAGGACUGGGAUUCACUCUUCGAGCGCCACUCCUUCUUUACCAAAGACCACAAAUACUACCUCAGUGUCGUUGCCGCGAGUCGGACUAAGGAAGCCAACUCGACCUUCUCCGGACUGGUACAGUCGAAAAUCCGUCAUAUCGUCAAAGGCAUCGACGAUGGACAAACGGGCAUCGACACCGCCCGCCCGUACAUUCACUACUUUGAACGCUUCCACCGCUGCAAAGACGAUCAGUUCCAUGAGGUUACGCAGGGUUCACUCGAGUACAUGAUUCCGGCAUCCGAAGUUCCCGCUGAGGGUACUGAGCCAGCGAAUGGCGAGCAGCAUAUCAUUUACACUACGACCUUCUACAUUGGUCUUACUUUGCCUCCAGAUGCUACCAAGUCGCUCGACAUCUCCUACCCAGUGAGCCAAUUCAGAAGCUACAUCACCGACUCCGACCUCUACGAUGAUAAAGUGAUGUCAGUUAAGGUGGUUCAUACGCGCAACACUGCACUUCCCGAUGAUGUCUUUGUCGAAGGAGAGACCCGACCAAAGAAGCCUAGCAAAGACAAGAAGAAGAAGGACGCGAAAAGUGCUAAGCGCCACUUCGCCGAUACAGGCAUUGACGACAGCGAGCAUUCGGCAGCAAAGCGUCGACAGGCCGAACUGGCUACCAAUGGAGUCGCUACUCCAGCGGCAGCAUAA